GUUGCUCAGAUUUCUUUAAUGCAUUAAAAAAAUUGGAUUUAAAGUUAAAUUUUGAUUUUCUCAGUACUACAGGUGAUCGCAAUAUUCCUACAGUACUACAGGUAAUCCCAGUAUUCCUACAGUGAUUUUAGCCUUUGAAUUACUUAUGUGAAUGCGACCUUGUUCAGCCAUCCAUGGCUUUUGUCAGGCAUUCAGCAGCAGUACUGGGAGGAAGGUGCUCACCUGGUAGGUAGCUCCCCCCAGCAGGCAGCUGGAAGGCUUUGUUUGACUUGUAGUCCAGCUCCAAGAUAUGGUACCUUCAGUCACACUUCAGAGGCAUCAGCUUCUCUGGGGUACCAAGGUCCUGAUUUAGGCACCCAUUAGGCUAUGUGGUACCUUCCUCUCUGUAAAACUACAGAACAUUCACAUAUAAUUCCUGGAUAGCAGUCACAGUGAGUUUAAGCUAAAUAAACUAUACUGUGAAUGAAUUAUACUGUGAAGAAUUCAUGUAAGAGGCAAUGAUCUUUCUCCUUAUUUUGUAAUGUUACUCAGCAGUAUAGCCACAUCCCAGGUAAAAAUGGCCACCAAAGCAUUGAUAUUCAGUAAGAUGUAUAAGGCAGAACAUAAACAUUUAUUCCUUAGCUUAGUUAUUAAAAAUAAAGCUAUAGGCUUUCUGGUGAGGAGUGGUUCAUCUGCCUAGUCCAAUGUGGGAAUCAAUUAACAGGUACAGUAACCAAAAUAUAUUUUAAUAACAAAAUUCAGACUUCACUUGCUUAGGAAAACCACCAUAAUUUAAAAUUCUAAGAGAAAGGCCUUUCUGAGCACUGUGCAGUGUAUUGUUAGGAGUGAUGUGUGCCUAAAAGAAUAUUUGUGUUUUAUGGACAGUUGACUUACCCAAGACAACACAAAAUACAACUCUGAUGUAAAAUGUCAGAGAGCAAACAGGGUGGGAGUUAAGGCUCACAACACGUGUGUCUUCAGGCUGUGCCGUUGCUACUGUGAAAGAACAAAGUGUGCAGUGCUUGAACUGAUGCCAGUGAGUGCUCAAAAGAUGCAGAUAAAUCCUGUGACUUCAAAUAAAUGCCACGGUUUCCUCAUAUCUUUCUGAUGAUACAACAUACUUUAUGGUUCUGGUUUGAACAGUGUGCCAGGAGAGAUGAUCAGGUUUCACUCAUUUAGUUUAUAUUACCUAGGAGAUAAGCAGUUUCCAUCUUCAAGGCUUAAAGAGUAACUCCCUUUGUCGGAAAUCUAUUGUUAAUUGUUAAUUCCACUAGAAAGCUGGGGUCCAGCUGUAAUCAUUCACUGAGGUGCAGGAUCUAGAGAUCACCUUGGAGUUCUCAUCAUUGAACAGGAAACAAAGGUGUUGCAAGGAAGCAUCAAAGCCCUGGUGCUGCUGUCUUCAAGAACUUGGUUUAAUCUUCUGCUUGAGCUCUGUUUGCAGAUGUGGAGGACAGAAACAGCUCUUUAAAGAGGUAUUUCACGAAGUCACUAUCCUACAAACAUGUUUAAAAAUAUAGGAGCAUAUGUCUGAAAAGAUAUAAGCUAACUGAUAUUUCCCUGUUAUUUUUUAUCUGUAGCAUAAAGAAGUAGCUUGGUAACCAUUGUUCCCAGUAUAAAUCAGCAAUAUAUUAAUUUCUGCAGCUGUCCCUCAGCUCCUCGAGUAAGUCAUGAGCUCUAAUGGUAGCACUGCAGGAACACCCAAAUAACCUUGCUCCCCAGCAGAAGUCUGGCCAUAGGCAGAAGUCAUGAUGGGCUGCAGAAUCAAGAGAGAGCAAAAGAAGUACUGAGCUUUAUAGAAUCACAGAAUCAUUUAGGUUGGAAAAGACCUCCAAGAUCAUCAAGUCCAACCUUUGGCUGAUCACAACCUCGUCAACUGGACUGUGGCACUAAGAGCCAUGUCCAGUCAUUUCUUGAACACCUCCAGGGAUGGUGACCCCACCACUUCCCUGGGCAGCCUGUUCCAAUGCCUGACAACAUUUCCUGAGAAGCUUUGUGAUGCUGUGGCCUCAUUGCUACUUGUACUCAAACUUGCCAGUGGAUGAACUUGUUCAUACAUCAGGAGUAACUGCAGGUACAGCAAUGGGAUUUGUAUGUGCCACUGCAACCACAGAGGGGUACAUUUCCUCUCCUGCUAGGCAAAGCUUGCAGGAGCAGUAGAUGGGUAAGGACAUUAAAAGAACACAAAGAUCUGGAAACUUCUGAUUUCCCUCCUCAUAUCUUCCAGACAUUCUGUGUCCUGGGAGUACGUUUAAACUUUUUGCUCUUUCAAAACAAGGGAGCUUGAUAUCCUCAAAGAUCCACUCAGACCUGGAGAUAGGGCCAGGUGGAAAAGUGACUGUAUAUUCUUGGGGGUUAUCUCAGGUCUUCUUUUGACUUUGACAAGAGUCUCACUGCCACUGGCUCCCUUAACCAGCUCUUCCAAAAGAAGUGUUACAGAUUUAGGACAGGGGAAAACUUGUACAGAUAAGAAACUGUAACACACAUAUAUGCACAUAUUUUUGGAGCGAUAAGAUAUACACAAUAUACACAUAAUAAGAAAUACAACAAAUAAAAUCCAGUGAAGCACGACAGGAUUUAAAAUGUUGCACAAACUUACCCAGAAGUUAGACCACAGACAAAAAGAAGUCAAUUUGCACUGGUGCAGUCAAGUUAUUAUGGGACACGUGGCUCCUAUACAUAAAUUUGAAAGCAAAAUCUUAUUUGCCUGGGCUUAGUAUUUGCAUAACUGACAGGUCUAAGUUAAGUGUACUUCAGUGGUAGAGUGCCAGCCUGAACUUGCCAGAGAAAGCUCUACCUGCCAGAAGACCACUGGGGAGAACACGCACAUUUCUCACAGAGGACAGUUUAACAGAAUGAUUAAGGUUCAGCCUAAUUGACAAAAUGUAUUUAAGCAGCACAUAAAUUUUGUGUAAUAGCCUCAGAAUGUACAAAUUAUCAGAAAUAAGAUCAGCUUGUUGUUGUUUUCCUUUUUAAAUGCCUAAUAAUUUUAAAUUAUUUCAGCUAUUGGUUAUAUUUCAUGUUGAAUGAAUGUCUCAUUUUUCUUCACCCAAGAGGAAGCAUCUCUCUGAUCCUGUGUUUCUUUGAUACAGCAUUUCCUUAUUUCCUUGAAGAGAAAAAUGAGCUGGGGAUUCCUACAUGAUCUGCUGAGUGGAGUGAAUAAAUACUCAACAGGAGUUGGAAGAAUUUGGGUAACUGUUGUGUUCAUGUUCCGCUUACUGGUUUAUGUUGCAGCCGCAGAAAACAUCUGGAAAUAUGAACAUGAUGAAUUUGAAUGCAAUAUCAAACAGCCUGGUUGUGAAAAUGUCUGUUUUGACCAUUUUUUCCCUGUCUCCCACAUCAGACUUUGGGCUUUGCAAUUAAUCAUGGUCUCCACCCCUUCACUCUUGGUUGUUUUUCAUGUUGCUUACAGAGAGAACAGAGAGAAACACCACAACCAGAAGCUUUACAGAAACCCAGGAGAGAUAGAUGGUGGAUUGCUGUGCACUUACCUAAUCAGCCUCAUUUUAAAAAUAGGAUUUGAAAUAGUUUUUCUUGUUCUGUUUUAUAAAUUGUACAAUGGAUUCAAAAUACCACAUCUUGUGAAAUGUGACAUAAGACCAUGUCCCAGUAGCGUAGACUGCUAUAUUUCCAAACCCACAGAGAAGAUGAUUUUCCUCUCUUUUCUGGUGGCAACUUCAUGCCUGUGCAUCAUACUAAAUCUAAGUGAAUUGACUUAUCUAAUUUUCAAAUACUCCCCAAAAUGUUAUCUGAAGAGAUACAUGGAAAAACAGCAAGGCUCCAAAAGCAAUUGUCGCAAAUCAGAAAUCAUUGGUUACAACAGAGCAGCACCUGCAGGACGAUUCCCCAAUAGCUCCUCAUCUUUGCCUCUGAAUAUACGAGAUGAACAUGAAAAAUGUUCCCCGUUGACUUGAAAGAAGGCUGGAGACCACCCUCCCAUUACACAAGCUGCUUUUGAUAAAUUGCUUUUCCAAUGAGUGCUUUAUGGAACUGAAAGGAUAGUUACAGAGGAAAUACUGUUUCUCUACUAGUUCCCCAUUAAUCUAGCUGAUAAAUUCAGUUACAUUAUAUAUGUCAUACAUAAAAUCAUCGAGAUCUUUUCAUGUUGAAACAAGAAGUGUAGAAGUCUGAGAAUCCCAUGAAGUUUUAAUAUAAACACAGAUGCUUAUGAUAAAUCAUGUGAAACAAUUGCUCACAGUUGUGUAUUGAAUAUUGCACAGAAUUGCUUUGGCACAAGCAAAAAGAGGCUUUUUAUACGCAGAGGUGGAAGAACCUGGGAUUGAUUAAGAAACUGAACAAUAAGGGGAUGUACAGCAUUUGUCAGGUGGGUGGAUCUGAUGACUGUUGCAACAGCAAUAGGAAAGUGCUGGUGUUUGAAGUGAACUAUGUAGUCACAGCCCCAUUCCACCGGACUAGAAAACAUAUCAAAACCAGAAAAAAACAAGAAGAGGUAGAUGCAUCUAUUUUAGCCCAUAGUGAUAAAGACAGACUUGCUUAUUUAGCUGUUUAUGCACCACUUCCUUCUGAAAGCAUCUGAGCCCUUUACAAUUUUAAGGGUAUUAAUCAUCAGAACGCAUCUUCUAAGGAAAGGCACUUGCUCAAACUUGUGCAAGCAGCACCAAGCAGCUCCCGAGUCAUUAGACUUGUCUUCUGCUUUGUGGUUGGGGCAUUUAAGAGAAAGGAUCAUUCCCAGUUCAACAGGAGUGAGUAGAGAAAUGCAGACCACGCAAUAUGGCAGAACAGUAGCCAGUAGCCCCUACUAUUGAGUAGCCUGGAAUCUGGUCCCUUAAGUAAGGCUGAAAAUACUGCUGCUCUUUCCUUCAGUAGAUUUCUCUGCUGUAAAAAUAUGAAAAACCUCCAGUAGAAACAAAGCAAAAAAGAAUCAUCUAUUCCCUCCCUCCCAAGUUUCAGAGUAUCUCUUAAAUACCACACACUUCUGCUCUGUGUUAUGUGUAUCAUUUGGGAAAACAGGAAAGGGAUAGAAAUUAGCUAAGACGUGUCUUCUGUUGAACCUAGACUUUUAAGACAACAGAAACUAGUGCCUAAAAAAAACUUAUUUCAGGGUGGUGUGCUCUUUCUGUUGCUGAAAUGAAAGACCUUUGAACAGAUAUCAGUAGUGAGCCUGAUCAAAAUGCACCCUUUAGCAUUACAUUUAUGAGUAGUGGGGUAGCAGUUACAGAAUUAACUUUAAGAACUAGUGAAUAAACUAUGUGCUUUUUGACUGUGA